GCGCGGUCCGCAAGGACGCGGGCCUGGUGAGCCCGAGCCGGGCUGGUGCUCCGCAGCUGUCUGUGACACUCCGAGCCCGCGGGCCUCCUCGGCCCCCAGAGACCCCGCCAUGGUGCGCGCGGGCACCGUGGGGACGCAUCUCCCCGCGUCCGGCUUGGACAUCUUCGGGGACCUGAGGAAAAUGAACAAGCGCCAGCUCUACUACCAGGUUCUAAACUUUGCCAUGAUCGUGUCUUCGGCACUCAUGAUCUGGAAAGGCUUGAUCGUCCUCACUGGCAGCGAGAGCCCCAUCGUGGUGGUGCUGAGUGGCAGUAUGGAGCCGGCCUUUCACAGGGGCGACCUUCUGUUCCUAACGAAUUUCCGGGAAGACCCUAUAAGAGCUGGAGAAAUCGUCGUUUUUAAAGUCGAAGGACGAGACAUUCCAAUAGUUCACAGAGUAAUCAAAGUUCAUGAAAAAGAUAAUGGAGACAUCAAAUUUCUGACUAAAGGAGAUAAUAAUGAAGUUGAUGAUAGAGGCUUGUACAAAGAAGGCCAGAACUGGCUGGAAAAGAAGGACGUGGUGGGAAGAGCCAGAGGGUUUUUACCAUAUGUUGGUAUGGUCACCAUAAUAAUGAAUGACUAUCCAAAAUUCAAGUAUGCUCUUUUGGCUGUAAUGGGUGCGUAUGUGUUACUAAAACGUGAAUCCUAAAAUGAGAAGCAGUUCCUGGGACCAGAUGGAAAUGAAUUCUGUUGAAAAAGAGAAAAACUAAUAUAUUUGAGCUGUUCCACUUUAUGUAUAAAAGGAAACAAUGUGGAGACCUUUUUGUGUUGUCCAAAUAAAUGAUUCAUCAGUAAA